UCAGGCGCAUUGUUUGAGAGGAGCGGAUCAAACGCCCCACACAGAGAACCUUCUUUUCUCAUGGAAAUAAUGUGUCUGCCUCUCAUUCACACAUGAGUUUCUGUAAUGCAAAGAAGUCGAGCGCUCAGGAAGAAAACACAGCACUGAGUGAAGUUACGAGAGAGGAGCACGCGGUACCGGAGUCUUGGAGAGACACUUUGGAUCUCCGGACGCGCACGCCAGCCUAAUGAGGGCAUUUAUUCAAUGAAGUUGAUGCUUAAUUGCUGAUAUUUCACCAUGUUUGCUUGUGGACAUUGUGCGGUUGUGUUGGGGCUGCUGUGCGCCGCCGCGGUCUCCGUGGGCGCAUCGGUGUGUCCGACCGGCUGCGAGUGUUCGGAAGCCGCGUUGACGGUCAAAUGCGUCUCCAAAGAUCUGCAGGACAUACCGAGCGGCAUUCCGGGCUACACCAGAAACCUCUUCAUCACCGGGAACCACAUCAGUCAGAUCGGACCCGAAUCUUUCCAGGGGCUGGAGAAUGUGACAAAUUUGUCUCUGUCUAACAACAGGAUCUCUGAGGUGAAGUCUCACACGUUUUCCAGCUUGCGGAGCCUCAGAUCGCUGGACCUCAGCAACAACCAGCUGGCUGUCAUCCAUCCUGAGGCGUUCACUGUCCAGAGCCAUAUGCUGAGGGAGCUCAAUCUCAGCCGGGCUCUCCACAUCCCCUCAUCUGUCAUGGAUCUAGCCACUUCUCUUCGCUGGAGCAGCUUGAGUGACCUGCUGGUGCUGGACCUGUCCAGUAAUGGCCUUGUCUACUUGCCCCCUGGCAUCUUUUGUCAUCUUGUCGGCCUGCGGCGCCUUCAGCUUGGCAACAACUCUAUAGUGUCUAUACAUAACGGGACAUUCACAGGACUGGAUCACCUCCAGGAGCUCGAUCUCACCCACAAUGCCCUCAGGACCUUGCGUGAGGAGGCUCUAAAAGAGUUGGAGCACUUGCAUUCGGCAAGGCUCAAUUUGGCGGACAAUCCGUUCACCUGCACAUGUGACAUUGAACCAUUUGCCGCCUGGCUUAAUGGCUCUCGAGGGCAAAUGGUGGACAUCGAGCGCUUGACUUGCGCAUUUCCUGUUGCCUUGCACAACACAUCGCUCUUGACGGUGGGUGACCUGGAGUUGGGUUGCCAUAAAGCAGGAGACAGUGACAACCUUGCUCUACAGACCUCCUACGUGUUCCUGGGUCUGGUGCUGGGAUUUGUUGGUCUCAUGUUUCUAUUUGUCCUUUACCUGAACCGCAAAGACAUUAAGAAGCGCAUUUACGACAUGCGCGAUGCAUGUCGGGAAGUCUGGGAAGGGUACCACUACCGAUACGAGAUCGACUCUGAUCCUAGAUUGUCGCAAGUGUCUUCAACAGCUGAUGUGUGAUCAGACACAAGCUCUUCCUAAACCAAGCUCCUUAUAUAAACUUGUUUCUAGCACUUUACGUGAAAGGGUGUUCAUAAGACUGUCACGAAAACUUUAUAAUCAUGACAUGACACAUGCCAUGAAUUCGAAUGAGAGUUUAUGGCUGGUUAUGACUGUCAUUAAGUGUCACUCGCUCAGUCAUUUUAAAUGCAAAGAUUACUAUUUAAGGUGUUAUUAUCACAACUUGACUGACAAAUACAUCAAACCUUUGUUGUGACAACUUGACAUUACCAAGAUGACAUAACUUGUCAUAAACAUGACUGUCAUGAAAUCGUUGUUUUAUAAAUUUUAUUACACUAUCAUUAAUAUUUUUCUUGACGUUAGCUACAGUGAUACAAAUUGAAUUUGUCAUUAAAAUGUUAUUUAAUGUGAUUAAAUAUCAAUGACGCUGUUAUAAAAAAUAUUUGACAGCGUAUUGGCACUUUUACAAAUAUCAAUGACUAAAGGCUGAGUUCUACUUCUGCAUUGAGGGCACGCGAAUGCUCCGGCGCAGUCUUCGCGCGGUUGCAUAGCCCUCGCCAUGGCUGACAACGACGCUGAUGAGCACCUAAAAAAAUGUAGCUACACGUCGCAAUGACACAUAGCGCAAGCUCUGCGAUUGGUCAACUUGGUAGCUGUGACCACUGUGGGUGGGACAGAGAGCCGCACGAACCCGUUGGAGCGAGUGUUUUAUAAGUGUCAUGUCAUGUGAAGGAGAUCUAGAUGGAAACUGAUGUUUUGUGUUUACAUUAUGAUUAUGAUUCCCGCCUCUGAAUGAGUUUUAGCUACUUGUACACUAAGGUUGCGUUCAGAAAAAAACAAAACAUCUGCAAAAAAACAC